GUUUCGCGACACGUCUUUUAAAAUUUGAAAAGUAAACAAACAAACUAACAACAAACCGAACAAAAACAUGAUUUUCUCUAAAACUAGAUUAAUUUUCAUACUAAUUUGUGCUCUAGCAUACGAAAUAAGUGCAUCUCAAACAUUGUCACCAAAAAAUAAAGGCACCAAAAAGAAAUCCGCAGAAAAAACCGAUAAAAAACCCUCAAAAGAGAGGUUAGGCCCUCAAAAAUAUUCAGUUUUCGAUAAAAAUUUCGUUUCCCAAGAGGUAACAGCUAAAGAUAUUGUAAAUAAUCAUCGGGCAUUUUUCACUGAAACCGACGAGUAUAAUUUCGAUGGACUUGUAUUAGGUUACGUGACUCCUUGGAACAACCACGGGUACGACAUAGGAAAAAUAUUCGGCAACAAAUUCACCCACAUCAGUCCUGUAUGGUUACAAGUGCGUAGAAAAGGCCCUAAAAAGUAUGAAGUCACAGGAACUCAUGAUAUUGACAAACAAUGGGUGGUGGAUGUAAGAAACGCUGGAAGAGAACGAAAGACAAAAAUUGUACCUAGAGUGCUAUUUGAUGGUUGGACGGGUAAAGACUAUACAGAACUCUUCAACAACCCAAAGGAAAGAUUAUCUUUGAGUAAAACUUUAAUAGAAUCUUGCAAAAAGCACAAAUUUGAUGGAUUUGUCAUUGAGGUUUGGUCUCAAAUUGCUGGAGCUGUUAAUCCUGACUCAUUGGUGGAACUUAUUCGAGACAUAAGUGAUUUAUUCACUGUGGAAGGCUUAGACUUUAUAUUGGUAGUACCACCUAAAAGGAAUGCCGAUUUAUUUACCUCAAAACAAUUCGAUGCCCUUUACGAUUAUGUUACAGCAUUUUCAUUGAUGACGUACGAUUUUGCUGAUCCUACAAGACCAGGCCCUAAUGCUCCUAUUAAUUGGAUUGAAGACACCAUUAGCGCGAUUAGUUUAAAUGAAACUAGACGCAAAAAAAUCCUAAUGGGGUUGAAUUUUUACGGUAACGAUUACACUGCCAAUGGGGGUGGGCCUAUAGUGGGCCACGAAUAUAUUAAAAUACUUGAGCAAUUUCCAGAAUUGUCUUUUACUUAUGUUGAUAAAGUUGCAGAACAUUUGUUUGAAUACAAAGAUAAGGAUGGAAUAAAUCACUUGGUAUUCUAUCCAACAUUAUACUCAAUCCUUCAAAGGCUGGAAUUGGCUCACAAAUUAAAAGUGGGAGUCUCAAUUUGGGAAAUUGGACAGGGCUUGGACUAUUUUUAUGAUUUAUUGUAAUUGAAUAUUUAUUAUUAUAAAUAAAAAUCAAUGCGGCAAGAGAA